ACCAUAUGGUUGAUCCCACAGUCAAUAUGGCGGCCUUGUGUAUUGACGAAAAAAUCAAUUGUUUCUGAAUGAAUGUGUUUACUCGAUCGAAGGACGAUUAUGGCGACAGGUUUUUUGUUUUAAUUCGUUAGACAUUUGACGGCCCUCCAGGAUGUCGAUGAACUAUGUGGGCAGUGUUUCCAUCUUGGAUCGGGGCGAUGAACCUGCCCAGGCCAUCAUCGAUAAGAACAAGCGGUCCCUGGCCCAACGCAUUGCUGACGAAACUAAAGAUGAGUUGGAUAAGGUCAUGCAUCGGGUGGAAGAUAUCUAUAUCUCCUACGAACAGAGCACUCAGGACAUGUUCCUGACACACGGCGCCAACGUGGAAUAUAUAGAAGACAUUAAAGAGCUAGAGGAAAUUCUGACAGAUGAACUCAAGAAGAAAAAGUACGAGCAGAAAGUGACGGUGUUCAUUGUGGGGUUUGAGAACAUGUCCAAUCAGAGACUGCGACUCAUCCAACAAGUAAACGAGUUUUUUAUGGAUGCCACCAGACCCCCGGAAGAGGAACCACUAUAUGCCCCGUCCCCAGACAUCAAUAUUGAGGAGAUCGGUCAGUCUAUAGAGGACACGCUGGACUCGGCUGACCGUCUCACAGACAGGCUCGGAGAACUCAAUGCACAGAUGGUGGAAUGGCUGACAAAUUUUGCUAUCAACAAGGCCUCUUCCAAGAAAAGCAAAAUUGCAGAGGAGGGAAAGAAGAAGAUGGAGAAGGCGCUGGACAAAGCUAAGGACGAUCUCUCCGGACUGAGCGAGAAGUUACUGAAACUUCAGUCAGAAAUGGAGGUGAAGGAGGAGAAAGUUCAACAGCUGUUAAAACAAUUAGAAAUUAAAACAAACGACACUCAGAAAUUCAGGACGGCUGCAGAGGCUGCUAAGAAAAGCAUUCAAGACUUGGAGGACGCCAACACGAGGCACGCGGAGGCCAUUAAAAAGAAAGAUGAACAGAUCAGAGAGCUCAACAGCAAACUGUCCAUGCUUCAGCUCGAGGUGGGACAGUCCGAUUAUCUGACAAAAAAGAGCUCCGAAAGAAAUCAGGAGAAAAGUCAUGAACUGCAGCCUGAAGAAAUGCAGAAAAAGCUCGCUGACCUUCAGGAACUAGUAGACAACAAUAAAGCCAGCUUCCUUGAAGCACAAAGAGAUUGGCAGAAGUUACAUGACCAGCAAGUCGUUGCCCUGAGUACUGUGCACAAAGAAGAGAUGGCUGAAAUGAAGGCGGCUUUUGAAGAAGAGAUAAAGAAAUCUAAGGAACAAGUCAGUGAAGUGGAACAGCAGGUAUUUGAGGCGGAAAAAGCGGCCGCCGUCGCCGCGGACCAGGCCGAUAAACUGCGACAAAAUCUGAUCGAGCUCCAACUCCGAGGUAACUCUGCAGAAUCCAAAGUAUUCACAGAGCCGGACAGUCAGGGAGACGAUGCUUCACAACAGGCCAAAACCAGGGAGAGCCGACCCAGCACGAAGUCUAGCAAGCAGUCCGUCUCCGUGACCCAGAAACAGAAAUCAGCUGCCAAACCCCCACCCACCAUCACCAAGUCUCCUGUUAAGGUCAAAGAGACUGCAGAAUCCUCUAUUCAGGAUGAAGGGGGAGAUCACUCCUCCGCUCACGUGGAAACGCGACAGUCCAAGCGGAACAAGUCCACGCUGGAUCCCGUCCCGGAAACGGACAUCAAGGCUCAAUUUGAGGACAAGUUCGAGCUGGCGGAUGAGAAGUCUUGGUCUUCAGUACCUAAGGAUCAGGUUCCGGGGAGAUUUGCUCAGUACAGACAGUUGAGCCAUCAGAGGAUAUCCGAGUUAGAGGAACAGUUGGCCUUGACCUUGGCCAAAACUCAGAGAAAAGUCAACACCCUCAAAUCUCAGUUCCAGGACCACAAAUCUAAAUGGGAGGCAGAGAGAAAUGUUCUAAUCGAGCAAGUGGAACAAGCACAGAAACUCCAGAAUGAGGCUGAGAAAGAGGCUGACGACGCCAUGACACAGCUCGAGGAGUUCAUCAACGAACAGGAGAAACUGGAGGAAGAGGAGGAGGGUAAACGAACAGACAUCACCCGCCGAAUCAGCCAGCCAAUCCCCAAGGUCGUGACCCCGCCUCCAAAACAGGUGUCCCCACCCCCUCAGGUGGUUACCGAGGGAACAGACCAGGAGCUGUCCAAUCUCAUGCAGCAAACAGAUGAUGCCAAGGCGGAGGCGAGGAUAACGUCGGGAGCCAUGUCAGCUCCACCCGCUGUGGAACCGGAGGAAACACCCCCCAGGAUGGAGGAAAUUAGAAAGAUUGACAGAGAGACCUCAAUGUCGGACAUUUAUAAAAUCACAAUCGAUGGACAGACCCAGACUGAUCCAGAGUUGAGUACAGAAUUCACGGAAGAUGACAUGCGUUUAAACUCUUCUCACAGUCGUGCUUCACUGAGGAACCAAUUCCGAAAUCGUUUGGAGGAGUCGCGUCAUGCGGCAGAGGAACGUCGAUCUAAAUCUCCUGCGAUCUCCGUUCCUUCCCAGAGAUCCAUCGAUGACCAGCUCGUGGAAGACGAUGACUUCCCUAUUCCUGAUGAAAUCAAAGAGGAGAUAGAAAUGGAAGACAGGGGAACCUCCCCUCCCCCUGAUGCCCACCGCCAGAGCACCGCGAUGUCCAGAAAGUUAUCCGAACAUCCCGUGGUGGGGGAGUACCUGAAAGCUUACGAAGGAGUGGUCAGCUUCAAGGACAAUCUCUCCAGGAUUAUGCAGGACAGAGAAUUCCUGCAGGCUAGUGAGCUGCUACAGGAGCUAGACUUUGUUAAGUUUGACAUGGAAUCCAAAGUGCAGCCACAGCUAGAGAACAUGACCAAAAACAUAUACUACACUCUGGAGGAGAUAAUGAGCGUACUCAGUAGUAUGCUGUACGUCGAGCGUGAGCCCCUCGUAUCCUCGCUCAAUGGCAUGUUGGUCUCCAGGGAUCAAACUCGCAACACGCUCCAAAACCGGGAACGAUCGGCAGACUCCGGCCGUGGACAGACGGCCACCAGGGGGAGCAACCAGUCAUUCUCUACACACUUCCCGCAGAGCGCUUCAUCUCAGAAAGAGGCUUACAAGGAGCUUCAGCAGAAUUAUGAGAAAUUACAACUUCAGUUAAAUGAGGAAUCCAAGAAACAUGAGGAACAAAUGAGACACAACACUGUGGUGAUGAUGGAAAUGCAGGACACGAUCAACGAUCUACAACGAGAGUUAAACGCCCUUGGUAGAGCGUCUGGACGAGACCGGCCGCCAUCCGAAGGAGUCCAACAGCCACCACCAGAGUCAGCCAUCAUGUUCACUAGACUGGACUCAGAGAGGAACGCCAAGAUCAUGAAACGGGCAGUCAACGAUGAAAGACUGGACACCAACAAAUACAAGGACGCUGUGACCACGAUGGACGAGUACGUAAGCCUUCCGGCCAAGAGACUCGGACACCUGGUCAGGAAGUAUGUCCAUCACAGCAGAAUGAAGGAUAUUGAAGAAAAUGUCAAGAAGAGUAAGAGUUUGGAUGAAAAUGUUUUCGAGAUUUUGGACAAAAUGGAAGCUCUGCAAAAUCAGAGAGCCAAGCGGUGGGCAGACAAGAUGGAUGAUAUGGGCUCGGAGCGAAUGCGCCUGGCCAACCUUCUGAUGGAGACGCUGGACUCGAUAGAACAAGAGUCCGGAAUAUUCCUCAUCAAACCCAUGUACUCCUACAGGGGGAGCCCACUGGAUGUUGAUUACACCAGGUUACUGGAAAAUUCCCUGGGAGCGAUUCACCUGGACAGGGAGAUUAAGGAACGGUAUGCAGGAAAACUGAGCCGGCCCACCCGUCCACACAGAGUCAUCUCCCCUUCACGAGAGAUCAGCGCCUUUGCCCCAGCCCCCACUCCUGCCUCCAAUGUCCGGGGCAUCAGUCGACACAUGCAGCAGUUUUCAGACACGCCUCAACAGCCGCUGUUUCGGCGGGAGAUUCCACGUCCCCUGGAGGGAGACGAGACGGGGCUGAUGGGGUCGGCUGCCCUUGGCUUCAACACCACAGCACAACGACAAACCUGGAACAUGAGCACGUCUCUGGUUAGAGGUGACUCUACCGAUGGUGUGAACUCUUUGAACACUCCCCGUAUCCUAGAGCUGGAUAUAAACAGGAUGCUGAUUGGUCAGAAUACAGUCAGCUCAAAGUAUGGUUCCCCUGGUUUGACAGACGACAGAUUGAUCAACGCAUCACAGAACAAUCUUAGAUCUUAUGUCACAGUCAACAGGCCAAUGGUCAACUCUACAAGACCACGGUCAUUUACUGGUACAAAAGAUGUGCCAACCACCACCCCCGUGUCUCGCUCAGUCACCUCCAACAGUGCGGGAAACAAACGAGUUCGACUCAGCGAGUCCGAGAUGUCCACUCGACACUCCAUCCCCAGCACGCCGCCUCUACCUCCGAUCUUGGGCCAGGACAUCACUGAGAUCAAAGAACCCCCAAGGAGUCCCCCAGGGUCAUCACUUCGAGGAUCGCCCACCCCUCAACCCCAUGUAACCGAGGUCAUCUCACCACUCAAAUAGACCACUAAUUAGCAUAGUCAUGAAUAAACAUAAGGCUAAAUGUACAUGAAUAUUAAAUAUGAGACUGUAUUUUUCUAUAAAAGAAUUGAACAAUUUUAUUGCCACUAGAUAGUGUCUUGAAUUACUAGGCUUGAUUGAAUUAAUUUUGUCAGUGUUAAGAGUUUUAUGCAUUCUUAGGGAUGGAUGCUGUUUCGUAUCGAAGAAUUUGAUUAUUUUGUGUUUGUGUCAACUUAACAAACACCUCAAUCCUCAAUGAAGCAACUUUUAACAUCAUGAUUAGAUAAGUGAUCAUUGAAGAACAUUUUGAUUUGAUCACGUGACAAUGAAGACAUUGAUUUGAUCAUGUGACAAUGAAGAUGUUGAUUUGAUCACGUGACAAUGAAGACGUUGAUUUGAUCACGUGACAAUGAAGACGUUGAUUUGAUCACGUGACAAUGAAGACGUUGAUUUGAUGAUAUAUGAUAUUGAACUUUGGGUUAGUGGGUUCUGAAAUUGUAGCGUUUGGCAUCAGAAAUCAGCUGUUAAGGUUUGUGUGUUUGUUUUUUGUAGCUUCUAUUUGUGAAGUACAAAUUGCUUUCAGUAUGAUAUACUGACAUUUCAGAAGUUUAGAGAAAAUAUAUGUGUGCAUUUUAAUGAAUAGGACAGGUCUUAUAUUUUGUUAUGUAAUUCCUCUGCUUUUGUUGUUUCAUAUUAUGGACAUUUCGGGUAAAAACAGUAACACCCCCCCCCCCCUCCAAGAAAAAAUAAAUAAGUAAAUAGAUGUAUUAAUUUCAAACAGAUUUUGAUAAUACUUCAGUGUUGCAAGAGGUUUUAAGGAUUUGUUGAGGGAAAAAAAUUCUUCUUUUUUUUUUUUUGGUUCAAUAUUUGUUACAUUUUGAUCACCCUUUGUGUUAAUUUGUUGUAAUAAUUUAUCUGCUUGUACAUGUGACAUGUCUACAUUGCAAAAGUUUAUUUGGUUUUUGAUAAGUUUAUAUUAUCUGGUUAAUAUGUUUAUAUUACUAAUGUUUAUUUGGUUAAUAAGUUUAUAUUUACCUGGUUAAUAUGUUUAUAUUGAAUGCUGAGUCUGUGAUACAUGUAAUACACCUAGUUCACCGUUUAAAGAUUAUUUUUUUUAUUCACCAACCACUGGCUGCCAAGCAUUUUGAUUUACAAUGAUAUAUUGUUAGUAACAAAUUCUGAAUUUUCUCUGUAUUUUUGGAGGAAGUUGUGGUAAAUUAAAUCUUUUUUUUUAAAAAAAGAAGCAGUUUUUGGCUGGGGAAAUGAUGAUAGAGGCUUAAUAUUCAUGUAACAGAGGGGAGCUAAUACACUGUAGCUUACGUCACGGGCCCCUCCUCCAAAUGAAAAUAUGGAAUCUCUUUUCAUAAAAUUUUUAAAAUUCAACUUUCCCAAAUUUGAAUCUCUCCUCUAAUAGAAUUUUCAUUAAAUUCCGAAAAUGUUUUUGUUGACUUUAGAAAUGUUUAACUCUUGAAUUCCCAAUGUUUUGAGUCACCUACUUCACAGACAGACAGACAGACUUCGGCCCGUAGUAGGAGGUAGAAGUAGUACUGUGAAGACUUGAACCCCAGGGAGAGGUGCUGAGUGUGGGAGAGUACUUUCUAUCAGUACGCUGUGCUGUAGGUACUGUCUGCACUGUCGCUCUCGCGUGGCUCUGAUUUAUUGGGUACUUGUAUUAGAUAUAAAAGUCUGAUUUAUUGAUACGAACCUCUGAUUUAUUGAUACGAAACUCUGUAAUAUGUUUGGUAAAUGUAUUGAUGUGAAACUCUAUUGGGUAAAUGACUCUGUGAGAACUGUUGGUAUUUUACAGCCUUGGUAUGUGUACUGAUAUAAAACUCUGUGAGAACUGUUGGUAUUUUACAGCCUUGGUAUGGGUACUGAUUUAAAACUCUGUGAGAACUGUUGGUAUUUUACAGCCUGGUACAUGUACUGAUAUAAAACUCUGUGUUGGUAUUUUACAGCCUUGCCAUCUAUAACUGUUAAUCUCUGUGAUACAUGCUUGUGUUAUAUUAAAUAAAGGCUAACGUUGAUGUAUAGUUA